CUUUCCAAGGGGAGGGGGGGAGUAGUUUGUAAUUUGGUCAUGGGAUAUUACUGCAACAAGCUAUUUGGACUAGGAAAAAAACGUAAGUGUAUAACCCUCGAUACUCUGCAGGCACAAAAGUUCGAUUCAAAACUCUUUGGGCAUAUUGUGUUGAAACAGGGAGAAGGAAUUCAUAGUUGCAGAGCGGAGAUAGGAUAUGUCAUCCACCACAAUUACUGGAAUAGAGGGCUGGCUACUCAAGCUUUUGAGAGUGCGUUAAAGAAUGGGUUAAGUGAACUGAAAGGCGUGGAAAGAGUUGAAGGCCUUGUGUCCCCAGAGAAUGUUGCUUAUGCAAGAGUUCUUGAGAAGGCAGGAUUUCUCAACAAUGGGUUCUUCCCCAAGUACGUCCGUGUCAAAGGAUGUGUUGAAGAUUCUUUUAUCUUCAGCUAUGUUGCACCAUGAAUCCUCCUUACAGGAACAUUUUGAAGCUAUGAUUAGCCACGUAGAGGCCUGAUUCAGCUAUGUACCAUUUACAAACUGUGUUGUCCUGUGAUUUUUAUUUGCUCAAAUAACUUAUUGGGUCUCUGUUUAAUCGA